AUGGCGGCUGAUGCAAAUCGGUCGUCGAAGAGAAGAGAUUUUUGUGCAAUGCAUGUCAUUAAAAGUGCGAAGCAAAAGCUUACUUCAUUUACAUAUACGUCAUGGUGUAAGUUUGUAUCAUUCGCGGUGAAAUGGAGAAAAUUACAAUGUAAAGAGGGUGAAAUAGCGAUCGAAGCGGCGGCGAAUCUGGGCUUGAGAUUCGAUGACUUGCCAUCAGGUGUUGACUUUGUCGAAACCAACAGUUCGUCAGACGGUUUUUUACCCAUACCAGCCUAUUGCAAGUUCCAUCGAGAUUGCUACAACCGAUUUUGCAAUACUCUGAUGCUUGGCAGAGAAGAAAAGAGGCAAUAUAUUCGAGACGAACAAGCUGGCGAAACAG